UUCCUAUAUUCUAAUCGUGAGGCUGCAUAUGUUCAACACUGGCCUGUUUCUAAUGUGAAUCGUGAUGGUGAGGUGAAAAAAAGGGGGGAGCCCACUCUCUGUCUAACUGAAUCUUUCCUUCCUUGUUUUCAUGUGACAAAAGGACCACGGGACCAAGGCUCACGUCAUGAUUCUGCUAGUGAGCAGGAUAAUUCUGACAAUAACACCAUCUUUGUCCAAGGACUUGGUGAAAACGUAACCAUUGAGUCGGUUUCAGAAUACUUUAAGCAGAUCGGCCUCAUCAAGAUGAACAAGAAAACCGGGCAGCCUAUGAUUAACCUGUAUACAGACCGGGAGACAGGAAAACUGAAAGGAGAAGCCACGGUUUCUUUUGAUGAUCCCCCGUCUGCAAAAGCUGCUAUUGAUUGGUUUGAUGGGAAAGAGUUCUCUGGCAACCCAAUUAAAGUUUCAUUUGCCACCCGGAGAGCAGACUUCACCCGAGGAGGGGGGAAUGGCCGUGGUGGAAGAGGCCGUGGCAGUAGAGGAGGACCAAUGGGCCGCGGUGGAUUUGGUGGCGGCGGCGGCAGUGGUGGUGGCGGCGGCGGCAACAGUGGCUCCAGUGGAGGCAGCCGGGGUGGUUUCCCUAGUGGCGGAGGCGGCCAGCAGCGUGCUGGAGACUGGAAGUGUCCCAAUCCGACGUGCGAGAACAUGAAUUUUUCGUGGCGCAAUGAAUGCAAUCAGUGCAAAGCACCCAAACAAGAUGGGCCUGGGGGACCACAUAUGGGGGGCGGAUUUGGUGAAGAACGACGUGGGGGACGGGGAGGCUUCGACAGAGGUGGUUUCCGGGGAGGCCGAGGUGGAUUCCGCGGUGGAAGAGGCGGAGACAGAGGCAGCUUUGGACCAGGAAAAAUGGACUCUAGAGGGGACCACAGACAAGACCGCCGGGAGAGACCUUAUUGAGCCAACAUAAGAUCCCAGACCAUGUGAAUUUAUAAACUUUUUUUAUUUUGUAUGUCUAACUUCAUUGCAAAUUGUGUACCCCAUGUUGAGUUUGUGUACAGACUUUGUAUGCCUGUCCUAUUAUUUUUUUUUUGACUGUACUUGGACUAAUCCCAGAUUACAAAAAAUAUAUUUUAGUUGUGUGGUUGUAAUUGCAAGGCGGGGGCGGACAUAGAGCUGAAUAAUAAAGAUGUUUUCAGUCAAUUCUCAAAA